AGAAAGUGAAAGUUCAUCAGAGCGACAGCAGAGCUGCAGUCGAGACAAAUCUCUGUGUUUCUGUCUGAAAUUAAACCGAGUUCAUCAGGAUAUUCUCAACAACGGCUCAAAUACUGUGUGUGGACAUGUCUGCAGCCAGCAACCUGCGAUCUGAAAACCAGUUCCUGUGCUCCAUCUGUCUGGAUGUGUUCACUGAUCCAGUCUCCACACCAUGUGGACACAACUUCUGCAAACACUGCAUCACUCAGCACUGGGACAUGAAUGUCCCGUCCCAGUGUCCCCUGUGUAAAGAGGUUUUCUACAUAAAACCAGAGCUGAGGGUCAAUACUUUCAUCUCUGAGAUGGUGGCUCAGUUCAGACAGGAAGCUCAACAGGAAGCCAGCAGCAGCAGCUCAGAGCAACAAGUUUCCAAACCAGGAGAAGUUCCCUGUGACGUCUGCACUGGAACCAAACUGAAGGCCCUGAAGUCCUGCCUGGUGUGUCUGACCUCCUACUGUGAGACUCACCUGGAGCCUCAUCUGACGGCUUCACGUCUGAAAAGACAUCAGCUGAUGGACCCUGUGGACAACCUGGAAGACAGGAUGUGUAGGAAGCACGACAAACCUCUGGAUCUGUUCUGUAAGACCGACCAGACAUGUAUCUGUGUGCUCUGCUCUGUGUUAGACCACAAGACACAUGAGUUUGUUCCUGUGAAAGAAGAAUAUGAAGGAAAGAAGGCAGAGCUGGGGAAGACAGAGGCUGAGAUUCAGCAGAUGAUCCAGGAGAGACGACUGAAGAUUCAGGAGAUCAAACAGUCAGUGGACUUCAGCAAGGAAAAGGCAGAGAGUAAGAUCGCAGAAGGUGUUCGAGUCUUCACAGCUCUCAUGGAGUCUGUUCAGAGAAGCUUGAAUAAGCUCAUUGAGGAGAUGGAAGAGAAACAGAAAAGCACAGAGAAACAGGCUGAAGGCUUCAUCACAGAGCUGGAACAGGAAAUCUGGGAGCUGAAGAAGAGAAGCUCUGAGGUGGAGCAGCUCUCACUCUCUGAAGACCACCUCCACCUCCUCCAAAACUUCACAUCCCUGAAAGCUGCUCCACCCACCAAGGACUGGACAGAGGUCAGAGUCCGUCCACCAUCAUAUGAGGGGACUGUGGUGAAAGCUGUGGCUCUGCUGGAGGAGACGCUCAGUCAAGACAUGAAGAAGCUGUUUGAGGCUGAGCUGAAGAGGGUCCAGCAGUAUGCAGUGGAUGUGACUCUUGAUCCUGAUACAGCUCAUCCUAAACUCAUCCUGUCUGAUGAUGGGAAACAAGUAAAUCAUGGUGAUGUAAAGAAAAAACUGCCAAACAGCCCUGAGAGAUUUUCUAUGUGUCCAUGUGUCUUAGGAAAACAGAGUUUCUCUUCAGGCAGAUUUUACUUUGAGGUUCAGGUGAAAGGGAAGAUAAAAUGGGAUUUAGGAGUGGCCAGAGAGUCGAUCAGCAGGAAGGGAGACGUCACACUGAGUCCCAAACAUGGUUACUGGACUAUAAUUCUGAGAAACAGAAAUGAGUAUGAAGCUCUUGUUGACCCCUCAGUCCGUCUGUCUCUGAAGUCUCAGCCUGAGAAUGUGGGGGUGUUUGUGGAUUAUGAGGAGGGUCUGGUCUCCUUUUAUGACGUAGAUGCUGCAGCUCUCAUCUUCUCCUUUACUGGCUGCUCCUUCACUGAGAAACUCCACCCAUACUUCAGUCCCUGUAACAAUGAUGGUGGUAAAAACUCCGCCCCUUUGAUCAUCUUUCCUGUCAAUCAAACUGCCUGAUCUUUGUUGUGAUGACGCUUCCAUGAAUAUACAAAUUAAAUUAAUCUUUACAAUUUAAACCCACAGUGUAAAUUUACAUCAGAAAAGUUCUUAUGUAAAAAAACUUAUGCAGUUUCUUCAUUUGUAAUUGGGAGUUUGUCCGUAACCAAAGAAUUUUAAUAAAGUUUUUUCUGAUUCUGAUUCUGUAACAUGGAAGUGGACAAAAUAACCAAACAAUGAAAAACAGAUUUUUCUUUGAAUGAAAUGAUUUACUUAGAUUCAAGGGAACAAAUGUUCACAUUCAGUGCUUAUGUUGAGUGUAAACCUGUUUUAAUUGAUAAUUAAUUGCAUUAUAAUUACUGCAGCCGUGCUUUCCAGACUCAUUCAUUAAAGUACGUUGGUUUUGAAUCCUUUGCUUGUUUUCUUCAUAGUUUCUAAAAAUUCUAUAUAA